AUGGUCAGCCAACCGUGGUUGGAGCCGAGCACGCGUCUGCCGGAGAAAUUGGCGAUGGAGGCCGUGCAGGACCAGUUGCCGGAGAGGCUGGUUGACAUGAACUUGAGAACCACCCAUCGCCCCACGUUCGCCAUCUCCAUCUCACCGUCCGCACUCACCGUCCACGCCACAGCCACCUGCUCCGAUCACCCAUUCGCCGCCGCAUCCACCUCCGCCUCACUCAAGCACCACCGCCCCGCAUACGAGAACAUCCGCGACGAGGCCCGCCACCACGCCUCGUCCCACGGCUUCUCCGCCAAAUACGUCUCCUUCAACACCGCUGAAAAAAGUGAAAGUCGCGAGGAGGAUGAUCAUGGUCCAAGAGAAGAUUUUGGGAAAAUGCUUCAUGGGUUUGUCCCCUUUUUUCCCCAAAUUUUCAUUAUUUAUUUGUUUGGUUUUCAUUUAAUUUCUGUAUUGGAUGGAAAAUUGUAA